UCAAAGUUCCUCUCUUUCUUUCUCUCCCUCACCAAAGUUCUUUCCUUUUUUUCUUUCUUUUGCAAUAUUGCUUCUGAUUCCAGCUUCGUAUUUUAAAGACUCUGUGUGUCUCUCUCAUUCAAUCUUAAACGAACCUUGAGAGAGUUUUAAUGUGGACUCGUUUACACCUCUGAUCUGCAGAUCCUCCUCUCGCAUGCCGUCAUUUCAAUGGUGGGUGACAUCUGAAAAUCUCUGUAACAGAGAAAGCAAUCUAAUUUAGCGACCUGCGAGUGUGUUUAUAUUGUAGUGUGAAGUGACAGUGCGGAACUGUUGUAACAUAAAGGUCUCUAAUUUAAACAAGUGGAGGGUGAAAGAGAGAGAGAUGCUCACCUGCAUACCUUGUUCGAAGCAGCUAAACACCAACAAUGGCAGAUCUAAAGAAGAAGAAGAAGAUGAUGACAGAGUUCUUGAAACACCCAGGUCUAAGCAGACAAUCAAAUCCCUGACGUCACAAAUAAAAGACAUGGCGGUAAAAGCCUCAGGGGCAUACAAAAGCUGUAAACCGUGUUCAGGUUCUUCAAACCGGAACCACCACCGUGAUUCAGAUGUUGCAUCAGCUUCAGGGAGGUUCCAUUAUGCGUACAAGAGACCUGGAAGCAGAAGUGGAAGCUCUACGCCAAAGAUUCUAGGGAAAGAGAUGGAGUCAAGGCUAAAAGGGCUUUUGAGUGGAGAAGGAACACCUGAAUCAGUUAGUGGCAGGACAGAGUCUACAGUGUUCUUGGAGGAAGAAGAAGAUGAUGAGCCUAAAGAAUGGGUUGCUCAAGUGGAGCCUGGUGUUCUCAUCACUUUUGUUUCGUUGCCUGAGGGUGGAAACGAUCUCAAGCGUAUUCGUUUCAGUCGUGAGAUGUUUGAUAAACGGCAAGCUCAAAAAUGGUGGGCGGAGAAUUUCGAAAAGGUCAUGGAGUUAUACAAUGUGCAGCAGUUUAAUCAGCAGAGUGUACCGUUUCCAACUCCUCCUACAUCCAAAGAUGAGAGCUCUACCAAGAAUGGACCUGCAACUCCACCUCUAAACAAUGAAUGCCCUCGAGGAAAAGGCUACACUUUUUCUAGCUCACUAGCUCACCAACCAAAACCACAACCACAAAGUCGGUACCAAAGUGAUUCUUCUGGUCUUGCAACAACGCCAAAACUCUCUAGCAUAAGUGGCACCAAAACUGAGACAUCAUCGGUUGUUGGGUCUGCAAGAAGUAGUGGCUCAUCAAGAGGAGGAGGAGAAGAAGAAGAAGAAGAUGCAGAGCAUUCAGAGGAGGUCUCAGUAAGUAAUGCGAGUGACAACGAAACAGAAUGGGUAGAACAAGAUGAAGACGGUGUUUACAUCACAAUCAGAGCUUUACCAGAUGGGACUCGCGAGCUUAGACGCGUUCGCUUCAGUCGAGAUAGGUUUGGAGAAACAAAUGCAAGAUUAUGGUGGGAAGAGAACAAAGCUCGGAUACAACAGCAGUACUUGUGAUGGAUGCUCUCCGCAAGAAGAAUCUGACACAGCAAAACCAAAACACUUUUCUUUUUUUUAACAAAAUGUUUUAACUUGGAGAAAAGCUACACACAUUGAUGAAAAUACACUGUUUGGGUUGAGAUAAUGCAUGUGGUUUCUUUUAUCUCUUCUGUUCAUUUUCUUCCUCUUUGGCGGUCUUAUUGUUUUCACUACCGAAUGCUACAACAUCAUGUUUUUUUUUGCCUUUUCAAAUCUAGCAUGAGUUGUAUGUAUGUAGAUAGAUUGCUGUAGAUAGGUCAUGCAAAGUUUCUUUAUAGUUGAUGAUUUGUUACUCAGUAACUAUCUUCUCUUCUCCUCUUGUGUAGGUGUA